AUGACGGACUCAACAGCCUCAGAUUGGGUGAACACCAUCCCGGAUCCAAUUAUUGUCGAUCAGUCGACUGUAAACGGCCAGUGCGACCCGACACAUCAACUGUCACCCAAAAUCAACAGCCACCCUAAAUUUAAGAUGGACCAGGAGAUGAAAAUUAGCGAUAGCGUGGAGGGGCAAGGCUUACUGGAGAGCAGCAUGAGGCUGAAGCCCCACGAAGCUCAAAGAUACCGCAAGAAAGCGUUGUGGGUCUCCUGGGUUUCCAUCUUUGUGACGCUGAUCCUGGCAGUAGCAGCUUUCACUGUUUCCUUCAUGAGACACAGUGCCUCGGCUUUCGGCUUCGCUUUUGAUGCCGCCCUGGACGUGCUGUCCUCCAUCAUCGUGGUGUGGCGUUAUAGUAAUGCUUCCGCCGUUCACUCUGCACACAGGGAGUACAU